AAAAUAGAUGAAGUAGGGAUGGAUUUUAUAGAUUUCGACUCAUUCCAAGAAGGUGAUGAACUACCACAGCCACAACCAGCAUUAUCAUUGCCGAAUAUUGAAAAUUUCGGUAAGAAAUUCACUAAUUUAAAUAAUUUAACUCGUAAUUUGUUAAGAAAUAAGAAUGAUGAAGUUCAAUCUAAAGAGGAGAAACUUGCAGAAAGAUAUGCAACAAUGUCAUUAAGUUUGAUAGAGAAGGAAGAACAGGAUAAACUAGAAGAACUGCAUAAACAUGGACAAUCUGAAGACAAAUCGUCGAUGGUUGGAGAUGAAAAAAAUAGUUCAACUCUUUCCACUAGACUUUCAAGAGUUCUUACCAAUCCAAUGUCUGAUAAUUCCAUUCGUGACAUUUUCACAUCAUUAGAAGUGAAAAUUUCAAAUACAGAUGAUUUGGUGGAACCAGGUAUCAUUGGAUCAAUGUCAAGAAAGGCACUUCGUAGUGAGAUUGAAAAUGAUCUUAUCAAGAGUCAAGGAGCCGUAUUGAAAGAGUAUCUGACUGUUUAUAAGUCAUUUGCUGCCCUCGAGAAUAAACUUCAAAAAUUGAAUGAAUGUCAUCUGUCCAUGGUGACUAGACUUGAUAAGGGAUACGAAUCCACUGUGGAAAUCAAUGAACAAGUACAAAACCUUAUUAAUGAAAAAAAGGCAGUUGCAUUGAAAAAGCAAAUCUUAAUAACAUUUAAAAAUAAAUUCACUUUGAAUGAAUAUGAAGAACAUCUACUUCGUGGUGGAGAAAUCAAUUCUGAAUUUUUCUCUGCUUUAGAAAAGGCUGAAUUAAUCCAUGAAAAUUGUUCAAUUCUUUUAUCUCUGGAUAAUCCACAAUUGGGACUUAAAAUCAUGGCAAAGACAAAUAAUUUAGUGACACGAGGCGUUGACCGGAUCACGCUGUUUUGUAAUAAAACCUUGGGGAAUUUACAUUCUCUUAAUACCAAAUCUCGGUUGGUAACUUUACAUCAAUGUUUAAAAUAUUUGAGUAAUAGACCAAAUUAUUUGAAUACCAUUCUUACAAAUUUCACUGAAUCUAGACUGAAGAUGGUUGUUGAGGAGUUUUUGGAUCAAAUCGAUGGCGAUUUAGAGAGGAAAAGAGAACGACUGGGUAGUGUUAUUAGCGAUAGUAGCAGCAGUACUGGUGCUGUCAAUAACAGUAGACCAAUAGUGUUGUCAGCACAUGAUCCUGUGCGGUUCAUUGGUGAUUUAUUGGCAUACGUACAUUCAGUGGUGGUUAAUGAACAUGAAACAAUUGAAAAUAUAUUCAAUGAUUCUUCUAAUGUUUCCAAUACAACCAUUGAUAAUAUUGUUGCAUCAGUACUUAAAUCCUUGGUCAGACCGAUUAAGACAAGAAUAGAUCAAAUUAUUAAUUCCGAACUGAAAAUUGCCACAAUCUAUUCCAUUCAUGGACUUCUUGAACUUUAUUCAAUGAUGUUUACCAAACAAACAAAUAAUUCUGAAUCUCCAGCUGCACAACCACUUAUUAAAGCCUUUGAUACCCUUGCCCAUGCCACGGUUGAAAAAAUCACAAACAUCAUCCAAUCACAGUUGCUCACGAUCAAGCAUUCUAACCAAGCUCAAUUGGAUAUAAAUACAGACUUACAAGCACCAGAAUGGAUCAUUGAAUUCUAUUCAGAUAUUCUCCCAGUGUUGGAUAAUAUAUCAUCUACUACUAUUAUGAAUGUUUCUGAAGAAGAAAAUAAAAAAUUAACCUCUAUGCUUGUGAAUGAACCAAUUGAAAUAUUCAAUACUCAUAUACAAAAUAAUUUGGCAAAGGUACUCGAUAAAAGAGAUCAACUUAUCAUAAGGGCCAACUUUUUAGAUAUCAUUCUAAGUAAGAUUACUCCAAUCACGGUACUUAACGAUAAGGUUCUUGAGUUGAGUGAAGCGGUCAAUUUCAUUGGGAUAGAACUCACCAAAAUCCAAACCCUUCAACUCUAUGAAGGAUGCAACUUGACAAACUAUACUAAUGUCAUUAAUAUGAUUUGUCCAUUCACAGAUGACUUUUUCGAUGUAUCAAUAUAUCAAGCCAUCACAGAAAAUAAAUUUUUCACAAAGGAACUUGUCAAUGAGGUAAAUGAAUCAAUUCAAGAGUUUUUACCAACGGCUUUACUUGAUGUACAACAACAACUUCUCAAGAUCAACUCACCCAUGUUGGUGAAUGACAUUGUGACAAAUUCAUCGAUUGAAUUUGUUCAAUUUUAUCUCAAAUUUGGUUUAAUUUGUGAAGAAUAUUUAGGUGAAAAGGUUUUAACUUGGUCUGAUAUGGAUGUUGCAACCUUAUUAGGGGUUGAGACUUCAUACGAAAGUGUAAAAUCGAGAAUGGAGCUUUAAAUAUUUAACUUGUGACAAGUAUGUAAAUAUCUAAUAAAUGAAAAGAUUGAUUGUCAUUAUUUUCUCUAUAUAUACAUUCUA